AGCCUAUAUAACACACAACGAACGUCGCCAUUUUGUGAUUUGCGUUCAACAACCGAGAUAGUAACAUCAGAGUUUGUGUUUUAUAGUUUUUACAAAUUUUAUAUACAAAAUGAGGGAAAUCGUACACAUUCAAUCCGGCCAGUGCGGAAACCAGAUUGGAGCUAAGUUCUGGGAAAUCAUCUCUGAUGAACAUGGUAUCGACCCCACCGGCGCCUACCACGGCGACUCAGACCUCCAACUCGAAAGAAUUAAUGUCUACUACAAUGAAGCCUCAGGAGGAAAAUAUGUACCCAGGGCCAUAUUGGUUGAUUUGGAACCUGGUACCAUGGAUUCUGUCAGGUCCGGACCUUUUGGACAGAUCUUCAGACCAGACAACUUUGUCUUUGGACAGUCGGGUGCUGGAAACAACUGGGCUAAAGGUCACUACACUGAAGGAGCUGAACUGGUAGACUCAGUAUUAGAUGUUGUCAGGAAAGAGGCAGAAUCUUGUGAUUGUCUACAAGGAUUCCAACUGACACAUUCCCUUGGUGGUGGUACUGGCUCUGGUAUGGGUACUCUAUUAAUAUCCAAAAUCAGAGAAGAAUACCCUGACAGAAUAAUGAACACAUACUCAGUAGUCCCCUCACCCAAAGUAUCAGACACAGUGGUAGAACCUUACAAUGCAACAUUAUCUGUUCAUCAAUUGGUAGAAAAUACUGAUGAGACAUACUGUAUUGACAAUGAAGCCCUUUAUGACAUCUGCUUUAGAACUUUAAAACUGAGCACUCCUACUUAUGGUGAUUUGAACCAUUUGGUCUCAUUAACGAUGUCUGGUGUCACCACUUGUCUUAGGUUCCCCGGUCAAUUGAACGCCGAUCUCCGCAAACUGGCGGUCAACAUGGUUCCCUUCCCGCGUCUUCACUUCUUCAUGCCCGGAUUCGCUCCCUUGACGUCCCGCGGCAGUCAACAGUACCGUGCCUUAACCGUUCCCGAACUUACCCAACAAAUGUUCGACGCCAAGAACAUGAUGGCCGCGUGCGAUCCACGACACGGACGUUACUUGACCGUAGCCGCCGUGUUCAGAGGCCGCAUGUCGAUGAAGGAAGUCGACGAACAAAUGUUGAACAUUCAAAACAAGAACAGCAGCUACUUCGUCGAAUGGAUCCCCAAUAACGUCAAGACUGCCGUGUGUGAUAUUCCUCCAAGGGGACUAAAGAUGUCCGCCACCUUUAUUGGUAACUCUACCGCCAUCCAAGAGUUGUUCAAGAGGAUAUCUGAACAGUUCACUGCUAUGUUCAGGAGAAAGGCUUUCUUGCAUUGGUACACCGGAGAGGGUAUGGACGAAAUGGAAUUCACUGAAGCCGAAUCAAACAUGAACGAUCUUGUGGCUGAAUACCAACAGUACCAGGAGGCCACCGCUGACGAAGACGCUGAAUUCGAUGAAGACCAAGAAGGCGAAGUUGACGAAAAUUAAAUCUCCUUUUACGCAUUUCUCCACCCUCCUCCCCUGUUUCCCCACCAAAACAAAAAAUUAACGUUUUUUCGUUUUUUUCGCAUGUUUGAUUUAUUCGAUCCGGGACAUUCCUCCUUCUUUUGUAUUAUUUCGAAUAUGUUGUACGUAAUUCUAUUCUUGUUUAAGACUGAGUCCUGCUUUUUUGAAUAAUGUAUUUUUUAUAUUUAUAUUACGUUUUGUAUAAAUGCGUUUCCGCUUAACUCGAUCCUAUUGAAUUAAGCAUCGAAACUUUUUCACAUGCGAGAAUUUUUUUAGUAUUUUAUAUUAACCUUCUACUCCCUCCACACGCAAAAUCAUUUUUUACUUAAUUUAUUUAAAUGCUGUAUUUUUUUAUAUAAGCAGUGUUUUUGUCAAGCUAAAUUGCUUUUUCCAAAAUUUAAAUUAAAGAUUUUUUUGUACAUGAA